AUGGGGUCGCUUGAAAGGGGUCGGCGGCUUGAGGGCAAAAGGGUCAUUCUGGUCCAGCUGCUGCUGGUUCUCUUCGUUGAUGAGGAUCUGAAGGGAGGGGUUGAGGCCGGACGGAGGAGGCGGACAAGGAUGGGAAUUUUGGGAAAGGUGUGGGUGUUUCUGGGUAAGCGAAGACGGCGGGAGAGGUGGGGUCGGGUUGAAAUCGGAAGAGACGCCGCUGCUUUCUGUUCCGAUCUGUACUUCAGAUUUUUUCUGAUGCAUUACAUAAGCGAAAAACUAAAAGAUGAAGCACCUCAAUUGCAGAACGAAGGAAGCAAAAUUGAAAGGGGAAAACAAAGGAAAAUUAAGAGAAAUCGAUAUCCUCUUCUUGAAAUUCAGGGACUGUUACUUAACGAGUUGAACUUCUAA